AUGUCCACGACCUUAAGCCAGGCCUCGAGCCUGGUUGCGAGCAGCCUCACCUCCCAAAUUACCUCGAGCGUUACUGAGGCAGCUUCGUCCAUUAUCUCCUCUACCGCCACUGCAGCACAAACUACCUCGGCUCAGACCUCUGAGGCUGCCGAAGGCAGCAUGGGAAGCGCUCAGGGAUUCCAAGGAAUCAGCUUGAAAUCGUUCUUGGGCGCCUUGGUAGUCGCGUUGAUCAUCUUUGCUGUUCAGAUCGCUAUCUUCUUGCUGCUGAGGAACAAGCUGGCUCGAAUCUUUAAACCCAAGACAUACCUCGUUCCCGAACGCGAAAGAACUGAACCCCCGCCUGCCUCAGCCUUGGGCAUGGUAAAGGCUUUGAUGAAGUUUAAUGACCGAGAAGUCAUCGAAAAAUGCGGACUCGACGCCUACUUCUUCCUACGAUACCUUAAAACCCUACUUAUCAUUUUCAUCCCCAUCGCCACCGUCGUCCUACCCAUCUUGAUCCCUCUCAACUACGUAGGUGGCCAAGGCCAGAACGUUAUUGCCGAUACAGAUGAUGACGCAAAGAACCCGAAUGCCAUCACUGGCCUUGAUACUCUGGCUUGGGGCAAUAUUACAGCCGAAAAUACCGACCGUUAUUGGGCUCAUCUGGUUUUGGCACUUUGUGUAAUUGGAUGGGUGUGCACCGUUUUCUUCUUCGAGCUUCGGGUAUACAUCAAGGUCCGCCAGGAUUACCUCACGAGCGCAGAGCAUCGUUUAAGAGCCUCAGCAACAACCGUUUUAGUCAACUCUAUUCCGUCGAAAUGGCUGAGCGAAGAAGCUCUGAGAGGUCUGUUCGAUGUCUUUCCUGGUGGUAUCAGGAACAUCUGGCUCAACCGAGACCUGCAGGCCUUACUUGACAAGGUCCAUGAGCGAGACGACAUCCACAAGCAACUCGAGGCAGCAGAAACCGAGUUGAUUAAAGCUGCCAAGAAGAAGCAGCUGAAACGAAGAGAGAAGGAAGAGAAACAGAAGAGACGCGAAAUGCACACAAAGCAGCCAACCAAACAAGAACGCGAACGAAGGCAAAAGGAGGAGGAUGCAGAGGCCAUGCGUUUGGCUGCUGCUGGCGGAGGCAUGAGCUCUGGCCAGAGUGAGGACGUUCCUCAGGAUAUUUCCGACGUUAUCAGCGAGGACCAGUCCCUGUCCUAUUCACAGGAACGUCGCCCAGGUUCUUCCAAAGGCCUGAAGCUUGUAGGAACGGGACUGGCCAAAGUAGGCCAAGGCCUUAUUGGAGGAGUCGGAAAGGCAGGGAAGGGUUUCAAGACCUUUGGCCAAGAUGUCGAGGGGACUCUCGAAACGACGAACGGGUUCGCCCCAAUUACAUCAACGGACGGUGCCGACUCGUCAAAACCACCGACUCGAGGCUCUGAUCACCGCAGGGUCCAAAUUGCGGACGAUGGUUCCCAUGACUCCCCAAGAGCGACACCUCCCAACCAGGGUCACUACCGCGGUGCCUCCCAGGACAGCAUGCUCUCAAAGUCGCGACCUUCCCUUUCUCCACGGCAACCACCUGUCUUUGAGAACACCGUCCGCAAGGCGAACAAUUUGGAUGACAUGUAUCUUAAAGACGAAGUCAAGUUCUGGCAAUUCUGGAAGCCUCCUGCUGGUGGAUAUGCUUCUCCCGUCCCGCAGGGUGCUGAAGACGAUGACGAAUUCCCCUUUAGCAAGACGAACAUGAGUCGCUGGCAGAAGAUCAAGAUGGCGUUACCCUUCAUGCACGCCGACAUCCAAGGCGAGCAGCAUGAGUACCCCGAGUAUUUUAAUGAACAUGCCGACAAAGAGGGUAGUGAUGAGGAACGGCGACCCGAAGAGUGGGAAAAGUGGGUUAAGAGGAAGAAUCGACCAACGCAUCGAUUGGCCAGGUUUUCUUGGACCCCGGGCUGGCUUCCCGGCUUGCCUUUAAUCAACCGAAAGGUAGACACAAUUGAUUGGUGCCGCAAGGAACUUGCGCGACUCAACAUGGAAAUCGAAGAGGAUCAGAAGCAUCCUGAGCGAUAUCCUCUCAUGAACUCGGCCUUUAUCCAGUUCAACCAUCAGGUUUCCGCACACAUGGCCUGCCAGAGCUUGAUUCACCACAUCCCGAAGCAGAUGGCGCCCAGAGAAAUUGAGAUUUCGCCCAAGGACGUCAUCUGGGACAACAUGGCAAUCAACUGGUGGCAGGAGUGGGCUCGGGCUGCUAUCGUAACCUUGAUUGUGGUGGGAAUGCUGCUUCUGUGGGCUAUCCCUGUAGCUUUCACCGCGACGCUUGGUCAACUCGACGGUCUUGUCAGGCGGUUUGAGUGGCUCAGUUUUCUGGAGGAGGAUCCUAAAGUCAAGCAGGUCGCACAGGUAGUGGUAGGUGUUUUGCCGGCCAUCUUCCUGUCACUUCUCUUGGUUCUCGUGCCUAUUAUCCUAGGCUUUCUCGCCGAAUUCAAGGGUGUCAAGACUGGGUCUCAGAAGACCGAAUUCGUCCAGCUUUACUUCUUCGCCUUCCUAUUCAUCCAGGUCUUCCUUAUUGUUUCUAUCACUUCCUUUUUCGUCGCCAGCGUCGACCAACUCUUCUCGAACCUCGCAUCGCUCUCCGACGUCAACGAGGUGCUCAACCUUUUGGCCGAGAAUCUCCCAAAGGCCGCCAACUACUUCUUCAGUUACAUGAUUCUACAGGCAUUGUCGACGAGUUCAGGUACGCUCCUUCAGAUCGGUGCGCUGCUCACAUGGUACAUUUUGGCCAAGAUAUUGGAUAGCACGGCUCGUAACAAGUGGUCGCGCAACACCAAGCUCUCGGAUAUCAAAUGGGGCUCGUUCUUCCCUGUGUAUACGAACUUCGCUUGCAUUGCCCUCAUCUAUUCCGUUGUGGCGCCGCUUAUUUCCAUCUUUGCCAUUAUCACCUUCAGCCUUUUGUGGAUAGCACAGAGGUACAGCAUGCUCUACGUUACUCGGUUCGAGCAUGACACAGGCGGCGUACUGUACCCGCGCGCCAUCAAUCAGACAUUCACAGGCCUGUACGUCAUGGAACUUGCACUAGCGGGGCUUUUCUUCAUUGUCAGAGACGCCAAUGGAGAUGCUUCCUGCACGACUCAGGGCAUUAUCAUGCUCAUUGCCCUGGGUUUCACCAUCCUGUACCAGGUGCUCUUGAACAUGUCGUUCGGCCCUCUCUUCCGAUACCUACCAAUCACCUUUGAAGAUGAGGCAUGCAUUCGCGAUGAAGUAUUCAGCCGAGAUCAGGCCCGUCGCCUUGGACUCGAGGAGGACGACGACGACUUAGACACGGACAAUAGGGAGGAGCCAGGGCCAGGCCUUGGUCGCUUCUCUACCCAAGAGGACGACAUCGAGCUCACAAAGCUGCAGAAUCGCCGACUCGCGAACCAAUCCUCCGCCCUCAGCACGGUCAAGAAGAUUGGUACCUGGGCUCACAAGGGCGACGCCAAAGCCCGACGCGCGCUCACCUUCAGCACCAAGCAGGAGCGUCGCAGCUCGAAGAGUGCAGCAGAGUACCGCCGGCUUCUCAAGGCAAAGGACCUGGAGAAGCAGAGGGCCAUCGGCGAGGCGCUCUUCGGCGGGUACCACGACGAAAUCGAGGAUCUCACGCCGGACGAGAGAGACGCGCUCGUGCGGUACGCAUUCCAGCACUCGGCGCUGCGAGCUCGCCGCCCCACCGUCUGGAUUCCUAGGGACGAUCUGGGUGUUAGCGACGACGAGAUUCGCAGGACAAGAGAGCUGAGCGACUAUAUCUGGAUCAGUAACGAAGGUACCGCUCUGGACAGCAAGAUUCGGGUGGUCUACGGUAGGGCACCGCCUGACUUCUCCGAAGUUGACCUGAUCAACUUAUAA